CCUAUUUGCCAAUCCGAUGCGCGACAGAAGCCCUCGCUGUCACACGAAAUUGAAUCAUAGACGGUAUGAAUGUAUUGAUAACUCGCUCGCGGGUGUAAAUCCAGUGUUUGCUUUUGUUUAUAUUGAUCUGGACGUGAGGCACUUCUAUUUGUUCGCUCUGUUUAGGAGACAAUUGCUCAACAAUUCUUGUCUUACCUUUGGAAUUCCGGGCGAUUUUGAGGAGGCGCAGUCCGCCAGAAAUUACGCACCAGAUAACAUGAUUUUGAAACAUUUGGAUUUUCUCUUGGUUCUACGAUACUUUAUUCAUUUGGUCGCACUAGAGGUUGCAGCUGAGAAAGCUCUCCCUGAGCCGCUCAACCUGUCAUUGACCUGGGAGUCUGAAUUCCGUAUAAAGCUGUCGUGGAACGCACCAAAUAUUGUAUACGCGCCAUGCAAGGUGAACUACAUGAUCACUACAACGAUCGGAGAGGAGAAGCCCAAAUUAAUGUCAACUUUCAGAUUGUAUAAAGAGUACAAUGUCACUACGAAUGAUGCAGUGAAUUACACAGUGAAAACAAACCCCAGACACUGUACAGGCAGAACCAUAAGCAAACCUGUCAGCAUCUCUAAACCUAAACCCACAGAGUUGGUGAAGAACUUCCAGUGUUCCCUCUACUCCUCUAAGGCCAUGAACUGCAGCUGGCUCCCAGCCAAUCAGGCCUCAGACCUCCAGCUCUACUUUGGGUACCUUGGUCCCUCCCACAUAGCAGCAUGCAGUGAGUACCAGUACAGAGAUGGUCAGAGGACAGGAUGUCACCUGAGAGGAUCCUUCCUUCAAUAUGACGUCUACUUCAAGGUCAAUGGGACUCUCGAUGGCUUAUCUGUACAGAAUAACUUCCUGGUGCUUCCUAGAAAUCAUGUCAAGGCCCCGGCCCCUAAGGUGAAGAUAACAGAGACAGGAAAGAAUCUCAUCCUUAGCUGGGACCCUCCGGAUGUAGGCGCUGGCCACUGCUGGAGUUACAUCUUUAACUACAGCAAGUGUCAACUGCUCGUGGAUAGUAAAGAAAUACAAUUGAAACAUGUGAUGGUUUCAUAUGACGAGACAUGCCAGUACAGAGUCAAGCUUAAAGCAGUCUAUACGAAAUGGUGUGGGGAGGGAGGCAGCGACUGGAGCGAAGAGGAAAUCUAUGGUGUGGAUGAUUGGUCGACGACUGUGUUUGCUGUCGUCAUUCCAGCUGUAGUCUUCUUAUUCCUCAUCCUUUUAAUUUGUUGUUUUAUGAACCACAGAGAGAAGCUUUUCCCCACAAUUCCACAUCCCUCACUGAUUUUCAAGGACAUGCUGAACAGCAAUAAGGAACUGAAGAGCUCCAUAGGCAAUCUCUAUGUCCCGGAUGAGGAGGAGGUAGAAUGUAAGAUCAGCCUAGAGAAAGUCUAUACUCUUCCCAUGAUGCAGCCUGAUCACUGAGAGACUACACACUGACCCAGUAGUGAUUACUACUGUACAGACAGAUACAGCAACAACCUGACCCGGUAUGACCUGGGAGCCAAGUGACUUCAGUGUCAUUGACCGGCCCUCAAAGUAAGCUAUCUUAAGGUGGACCCUAACUGUACUGCUGAAGAGUGUCAGGAGUUGGAGCUCCACAGUCGACGGAUGACCUUAACGAGUUGGAUACAGACUGAGAGUAUGCGGACUAUGGAGACGCCUUUUCUUUUGUUUGUCCUGGAACUGUCAGGACUUAUCGACUCACUGACUCCUGUAUUGUUCUGGAUUGCGUGCGUGCGUGCGUACGUGUGUGCGUGUGUGUGUGUGUGUGUGUGUGUGUGUGUGUGUGUGUGUGUGUGUGUGUGUGUGUGUGUGUGUGUGUGCACGCGCCUGCGUGUGUAGGCAGAUACUAAGAACUGUUCUCAUGUACCCCUUGCAACCCAAGGCUUGGGGUCUUAGGUCAAAUGUCAGAGGUAAUCAGAAAGCCAGUGCAGGAAACGAGGAGGGGCUGGACUCCUAAACCUCACUCCCCGACCAAAUAGGACAUUGGUGUCAGUGCCCGAAGAGAUGUGCAGGCAGCACCACAGUCUUUAUCUGACUGAUCAACCCGGUUGAUCAUGUAAUUAUUUAGGGGACAAAGAGGUACUUGAAGCUGUGAACCUCUGUGAAAAGAGUGCACUACCUGUGCCAUAAAAGGCCAGACCUCUAGGCAGGGACUUUAGGGCAUUGACAUACAGGUAGUUGUGUCCCAAAUGGCUCCCUAUUCACUACAUGUAUAGUGUGUUACUUUUGUCCAGGGCCCAUAGGGCUCUGGUCAAAAGUAGUGCACUAUGUAGGGAACAGAGUGCCAUUUGGGAUGCAGUAUGCCUAUCAAGGGCUAUAUGCUGCUAAUGUGAGCUAGAUUGUUGUGACUCUAUUGUUAUCAACCUGCAUUGCUAUGUGUAAAUAGGUUGUGCAGGUGUAUCUAUAGUAUGUACAAAUGUUGGUGAAAUAUAUAUUUAGAGUUUUUUGUGUUAAGGAAAUGUUUUGUGCAACACGUAUUUUUAUUUAUUAAUUUUUUUAAAUUUCACAUGCUGUCUUAUGGAA